UAGACUUGAAAGCAGGCGGGAAGAUCCUCUUCAGCCUCAAAAAGAUGACAGCCCACAGAGAGGUAACUUCUAUUUGCAUGGAACUCAGAAAUCUCCUGCAAAUCAUGGCUCAACUCAAGCCUCAUUUCCUCCAGAAGCCUUCCUUAAAUCACCCCUCUCCAGGACACAGCCAGGAGAGCCUUAUCUGUACCCCUGGGGCUCCUUGUGGCAUCAUCUGUCCUAGCCAGAUGGACCUGUCUCUCCUAGGAACCUUGAGCUCUCCCAGAUCUCAAGACCAGAGAAUGGCAGGUGAACAGAAACCCUCAAGUAACCUCCUGGAACAGUUUAUCUUACUAGCCAAAGGUACCAGUGGCUCAGCCCUCACUGCUCUCAUAAGCCAAGUUUUGGAGGCUCCUGGAGUAUAUGUCUUCGGAGAACUGCUGGAGCUGGCCAAUGUGCAGGAGCUUGCAGAAGGAGGUAAUGCUGCUUAUUUGCAGUUGCUGAACCUGUUUGCCUAUGGAACAUACCCAGAUUACAUAGCCAACAAGGAGAGCCUGCCAGAACUGAGCACAGCUCAGCAGAACAAGCUGAAACACCUUACCAUCGUGAGCUUGGCGUCAAGGAUGAAGUGUAUCCCCUACUCCGUGCUGCUGAAGGACCUGGAGAUGCGGAAUCUCCGGGAACUGGAAGACCUCAUCAUCGAGGCUGUCUACACUGAUAUCAUCCAGGGCAAGCUGGAUCAGCGAAACCAGCUGCUGGAAGUGGAUUUCUGCAUUGGCCGUGACAUCCGAAAGAGAGAUAUCAAUAAUAUUGUCAAGACCUUGCAUGAAUGGUGUGAUGGCUGCGAGGCAGUCCUGCUGGGCAUCGAGCAGCAAGUUCUGAGAGCCAACCAGUACAAGGAGAACCACAGCCGAACUCAGCAGCAGGUAGAGGCCGAGGUUACCAACAUCAAGAAGACACUCAAAGCUACCGCGUCCUCCUCAGCUCAGGAGAUGGAGCAACAGUUGGCUGAACGAGAGUGUCCCCCCCAUGCUGAGCAGAGGCAGCCCACUAAGAAGAUGUCCAAAGUGAAAGGUCUGGUCUCCAGCCGCCACUAGGGCCGGCUGGGGCAGCUGGCACUCACCAGGCCUGGGUCAGGUGGGGAGGGGACACCAAGGGCCUAUUUCCUCCCCUCUCUACCUUCCAUGAGUUCCAGACCUGCCCGUCCCCUCACCAGCGCCUCCCCCCACGUUGGUACUGUUCCAGAAGAACCGUUAACUCCCUUCCCUCUCCCACUCCCUCUUCCCCAGUUGCUCCCUUCAGACUCAGGGGCUCCACGGAUGCCAUCCCAACAGGGCCAGACACUGCCCAGCUUCCCUCCAGGAGGUUCUUGUCUCUGUCUAAGGGCUUGUAUCCCUCCCAGUUUUUCUUUUGCUUCGUGUCAUUUUGUCAGGCUGGUCAUAAGCUGGAAGCAGCUUUAACUGGCCCACAGGGAUGACUGCGAAGGAGGCCCCUCUCUGAGUGACGGGAGGCACUCCUUCUCCAGCCCCAUGUGCCAGAGUACCCACAAUGGUGCAGGCGCUCUAGCCAGGUAUCAAAAUGCUUUGUUUUCCCUCUCCUGCCUUAUCCCUUGUUGGCAGCUCAGAUCAGGCCAUGGAGGGAUGUGAUGCUGGGCUAUGUUUACUAAACCUGCGGGUUUUCAGCCUCUUACGCCCAGCUCCAAUCUCUCAUUAGUUGGGAGCACCGGGCUGAUUAACCUCUGGAAUCUGAGCACCCGUAGGGGUCGCUGCGGGUCUGCUGGGUGGCGGAAGUUUCUUCCGGCUUGGUGUUCUCCGCUGGCCUCGCUCCCUGCUGCCUCUGACUACUCAGACUGGUUUUUGGUGUGAAGGCCCCGGCUGCCCACUGGGGCUGUCUGCCAACACUCGUUCUCCCGAGAUCUUUAAUUCUUCCCGGCUGCAUCCGUGGUGGAGAUGGUGGUGUGGAGGCCCCUCUAUCUGGUGAAGGAUCUGUUGCUGCUUCUGUUUCUUUCUUCCCACCCUCCCUGGCUGGUGACCCAGAGCCCUCUGAUGAUGGCAUUCUCCUGGCAAGAGAAAAGGACUUGACUAGCCUUUCUGAACUUGAACAGUUUCAGGUUAUAUUUUAAUUUUUUUUUUUUUUUUGUACAGGUUCUGAUUCUAAUACAUUUCAACAUGCUUUUUUUCCCCCUCGUGUCAAUAUUUGUUAUAGACUGAUCGCCGGGGAGUUUCACCUGGUUGGAGGGUGGUGUGUGUGUUUGUGUGCGUGUGGUGGUGUUUUUUUUUUUUUUAAGGGGAGGUGGAGGUCCUGGACUGAUAUUAAAGAGAGAAAAAGCACAUUUUAGAAAAAAAAAUAAAAGUAGAUUUAAUGUA